AUGGACGGCCUAGCCAGCUCAUUGGAAGUUAUUGCUUGUGUGGAUGAGUUCUAUACCACUACAGAUUCAGAGCGUCGCCAUAAUCUUGACAGAGUUCUAUGCUGUUUCAAAACAGCGUUUCCUUGUGAGAAAACAAUAUCCAUUUGUAUAAUGAUGAUGGAGAUAACUAAUCCUGCACAUGUACAAUACUUCGGCGCCGUCUCCUUGUAUGAUACUGUUAGAGAGAGAUCUGACGAGUGUAUUUCAAAUCCUCUUCUGAUGGACAGUUUGAAAACAUUUCUAAUUGAAAAUCUGACAGUUUCAUCAAGAAUACUGAUGCAAUCUGUUACUAAUAAGCUUUCUUCCACAUUAGCUCUUUUGGCUCUAUAUUGUAUGCCAGAUGUAUGGGCUCAACCAGUUCAAGAUUUGACAAACAAAUGGGCUACUACUCCAGAACUGUUGUUAAGGGUAUUAGCUGAAGUAGCCGCAGAGUUCGCUAAUAUCAAAAUGCCUUUAACUCAGAGGAGUAUUCUGAAAACUGAGCUUCACCGUAUAUCGGAGGAAAUAAUCCUAAUAAUAACUACCGUUAUGGGUGCCCAGGAUGCUUCACCUUCUUCUCGACAAGCCGCUGUGGAAUGUGUUGAGCAAUGGGUUCAAGUGCCAGGAGUUGGUUUGCAACAGUGGACUAACGUUCUAUCCAUAGUUUUCGCCGCAGUGUCGGAGGACAACGCCGCUCUCACAAACUUACUCAAUAUAUUAGCCGUAAAUGAUGAAUUAGAUACUCUAGAGCAGUUAGUUCUUGAUAUAUGUAGUUACAUAACACAAGUGGCUUCUCAUAAAAUCGCCAGCGAAUUGAGAGAAGAAGGUGACAGUGACGAAGCUGUAUCUCUUGUGUCAGCAGUUUGUACAUUAGCUGAAAGAGCAGUCCCAACUUUGAUACGUUAUGCUAGAUUGAACAAAUCGAAUACUCUUGUAGAAGUUUGCCAACUUUUUGCCACUUUAUCGUCUUGGGAGGGAGUUUAUCCUAUGGACGAGUCAAUUUCUGAUUUACCUGCAGUUUUUUGGACCACUUUGCGGGAGCAUUUAAUGGGCGAGAAGUCUCAAAAUGUCAUACUGUCAGUACGGGAUUGUUAUGCCAAUGUGUUAGCGACAGCGGUGACUAAGCUAGCUUACCCACCUGAAAAUGUUUAUAACAGUAUGGACCAUGAAAAGAAGGAGAAAUUCGUCACCUAUCGCAUGGCUCGGAGUGAGAUAUCCUUGGACGCUUACUACAUUGCGGGGGGUAAUGAAACACUCAAUUUCUUGAAUCAAAAGCUUGAGGAGUACAUCAACUCGGACUUGUGCAAAGCGGAGUCUGUGAUAUUCCUCUGGCAGUUAGUAGCUGACUAUCUUACCGAAGAAAAUUAUGAGCCGAUUUGCAAAUGCUUAGAGCUUUGUUCGCAAUAUAAUGAGAUUCCUGGGAAGAAAGAUUCUGAUAGAGUACUCUGCUCAAUGAUGAAGCUUCUCCAUGAUUUAUCCCAUUUGAUCCAAGAUCAUCCUAAUGCUAUCACACUCGAAACCCAUGCACUACGUCUUAUCGUCUCAGCGAUGAAUCAAAAAAGUGUAAUUGAAAGCGCUCUUGUUGCUCUGGAGAAGUAUGCUGAAAAUAGAUCUGAAUGCCUCAUGGUGGUUGGCGAGCAUAUCUCGGAAAGGUGUUACAAUUGCUUCAUGGAUGAACACAGUUCUGUGGCUAUACGAAUGGCAGCUUUGAAAUGUAUUGGCUAUUUUCUGUCGCUGAAAUCUAGCGAUACUAUUAUGGAUAUCGUCAAUAGAAUGAUAGCUCCUCACGUCGCAAGUCUUGUGAAUGCACCUUGUAUAUCCCAUCAGGAUCAGGAAGCCGAGCGGUUGUUCCAAAUCCAAAUCUUUUCUUGUUUGUUCUCUACUUUACGGCAAAAAACAGAUGAUACAGAUGGCUCUGUCAUUGUUAGUAUACUCGAACAGGCCAUUCCUGUUUUUAAGCAAUUGCUCACAAGCCAGGGCUCGUACAAGACUGUUGGAGAUAAAGUUUGUGAAGCUAUACGUUCAGCCAUUGGAAAUCUCUCUCCUGGUGAUCUGAUCAAAAUUUUCCCGUUUGUGGCUGAGACUAUUGAAAGUUCUCUGUUUUCCAACUCCACUGCUUCCUGCGCUUUAGCGAGAAGUUGCGUACUGAUGUACUGUAACAUCAAAGAAAUUGUGCCAGAUUUAUGCAAAGCCAUAGCAAAGUGGUUCUCUAUUUUUGAAACAGGCCAUCCUCACACAGAUUUAGAGCCCUGGCUUCUAUUGGAAUAUCAAGUGGUUAAAAAGAAUUGGAAGACUCUCAGGUCUUGUCCUGAGCAAGCUCUUGAAGCUAUAUCACAUGCAAUCACAUUAUGUGGAAAUUUGUUAUUAACAUCGCAAGAGCCGUCAUGCGUCAAACUCUGUGCUCAAGUGCUUGCCACAAUAACAUCACAAACAGCUUCUUUCGGCGAUGAAGAACCGAAGCUUCUCCUUGCCAGAAACGGUCCACAAUUAGUGAAGGCUAUUUUUGCUCGAGUCCAGACAGAGAUAGCAAGAAACACAAUCGAGUUCUUAGCCGAGAGCUUGCAAUUUUUCGCUAAAUUUUUCAGACAAGAAACACGCGCCGUAAUAAACCAGGAAGGCUUUGAGGACUCUCCUCUCGUAGCUGGAAUGUUUAGGGAAUCAGGAAAUCUCAAGAACUUCAAGCAAAUGACAAUAAGAUUCAAUCUAGCUUGCCGUAAUGUGAUUUCUGUGCCAUCAUAG